AUGGAAGGCAUCCAGACUCACCCAUCCAACGCGGCGCAAGCCAAGGCCUUUACUGCGCCUGGAUCGCUGUCGUUCCCAGGAGCUACCAACGAGCUCACACCGCCGCCCGUCGGCAACGGCGAUGCUCAGCAGCCCGCUACAAAUGGCCAGCAGGCGGCAAAUGGUAACGGGGUGGCACCCGCAACGCCUGUCGCGACGCCUGCUGCUACCCAAGGACCUAGUGGAAUCACUCCCACUCUACAGAACAUCGUGGCUACAGUGAACCUUGACUGCCGCUUGGACCUCAAGACUAUCGCUCUGCACGCGCGUAACGCAGAGUACAACCCCAAGCGUUUCGCUGCCGUCAUCAUGCGAAUUCGUGAGCCCAAGACUACCGCCCUUAUCUUCGCUUCCGGCAAGAUGGUUGUCACCGGUGCCAAGUCUGAGGAUGAUUCGAAGCUCGCUUCCAGAAAGUAUGCCCGUAUCAUCCAGAAGCUUGGCUUCAACGCCAAGUUCACCGACUUCAAGAUUCAGAACAUUGUCGGCUCUUGUGACAUCAAGUUCCCUAUCAGACUGGAGGGUUUGGCAUCUCGCCAUCACAAUUUCAGUUCUUACGAACCUGAGUUGUUCCCUGGUCUUAUCUACCGCAUGAUUAAGCCGAAGAUCGUGCUACUCAUCUUCGUCAGUGGAAAGAUCGUCUUGACCGGUGCCAAAGUCCGUGAGGAAAUCUACCAGGCGUUCGAGAUGAUAUACCCUGUGUUGCAAGAUUUCCGAAAGGUCUAA